CUGAACUAUGUUUCGUGUUGAAAUCAGUCGGAAGGGGAAGUUUGUCUGGACUGGCUCGUAUUAAAAUUUUAAAUAAGUUUAAAAAAUGCUUGAGAUGCGCAACAUAUUUUCGCCGCUGGUUCGCCGGAUGUCCGGUUAUCCAGGCGGCGUUCCGGGCUUAAACAUGCCUUUUCGCCGUGGCAUGGAAAGUCCUUUGCGCUUCACUUUCUUCUGGUUGGUAUUGGGAACUAUUGGAUUUGGAGCUCCAUUUCUGGUUAUACGCCAUCAAAUGCUGCGCAAUGUAUCCGACCCACCUCCUGAAGAAAAGGAUACCUAGUUGAUUGAUUGACUCUACUACUCUGCUGAUGUGUCGCACCACAAACAGAAGAACCCUUAAACAACGAAGGCAGUUUACAUAUACCAUUAUUGUUAGUCGCUCCUGCUGUCCUGCACAUCAAAUACUUGUAAAACUGGUUGGCAUUUGUUAAUUGUUAAGUAAACAACGUAAUAUACCAUUUCAAAUUUA